GCCGCAGUCGUCCCUUUCCUUGCGGCCGACUCGGGUCUCGUGGCACGCCGACCCAGCCGCUCCUUUGCCUCGAUUUUCGUCGCAACGGUACACAGUUUGAUCUGCAGUGUGAUGUGAUAACGCCAGCAGGAUGUCGCGAUCGUAUCAAAGACCUGAAAAUGCCCUCAAACGGGCGAGCGAAUUUAUCGAUGUGGGGAAACCCAAUCGAGCUCUUGAGGUCCUCUAUGAGGUCAUCAAAAGGGGCAAGAUGCGCAGCUCCUACUCAGAAAAACUGCUUGAGCCUAUUAUGUUCAAGUACUUGGAGCUGUGUGUUGACCUGAAGAAGUCUCACCUUGCCAAAGAGGGUCUUUACCAGUACAGGAACAUCUUCCAGAGUGUGAGUGCCAGGAACAGUUAUGAGCUAUCAUGCCAAAUGCAUAUACAGUCACAGUAUUUUUCUUAUUCUACUCAUGUUUUAGUAUACCACACCAAAUACAUCAUUGUAUCAUAACUGAUUUAAAAUAUC